UGAAUUUUUAAAUUUUGUAAAAAUAUACUUUUACACCAUAAGACUAGAACCGCUUUUAAAUAAUUCAUGUAUUCUAAUUAACAUCUAGUGAUAUCAUUUCAUUUUUAUCACAUUAUAUUUAAGCGGGCUUCAAUAGGUUGCUAUUAAAUAAUCCAAAUGAAUAGUUUAAGCUCCAUAUUGUAGAAUGUAUAAUGUGACGUUCGCACUUCUAACGCCAUCACAACAAAAACUAGACAGUUAUCAAUGAGAUAACUUUAUCCAUAAACUCAUGCUCUUGUAUAUUUACAGGAGCUAGCUAAUAAAGGAAUAUAUUGUAUUUAGUCGGUAAUUAAAUUCGAUCUCGUUUCAGUUUAAAUAAUAUGGUAUGCGGAAAAAAAACAUUCACUUCACAUUAGCAAUCCACAUUUUUGUAAUUAAAUGUCAUAUUUAUGAAGAUUUUGCCGAUAAUUAUAAUAGAAAUUAUUAUUGGAUAACGAUUUACCGAUAGAGCAAACUUUUGUAAGAGAUCUUUUGAACGUUCGAUAGAGAUGGCUGAGCUCUCCAUCUUAGGAAGUUGUUCUGCCUCGAUGACGUAAGUUUUUUGCAACCCUUUUGUUCUGACGGGAACAAUGUAAUAUUUAACAUCGAAUUACAAAGAAUUGAUUGUCAGUUUAUGUCGAUCACACAGCCUGAUAUAAAGUGUUUGUAGAAAUGCCUAAUUUAACUAAGCAUUCAUCUUGACAAGAUUCGUGACGAUGGUGGCAUCACUUUUGAGUGCUUCUGGUUGAAGACAGUAACAUAUAUGGACGGAAUAUUUUUAUUGAUUGAAAUAGUGACCCACUUUCUCAGCAUUUAUUGUUUACAUAAUUUUACCGCUUUACUGGUAAGAAAUUAAUGAUUUUACUCGAGAUGGAUCAGGAAACUUUGGACGAUGUCAGAAUAUCUACUGAGAAAAAAUUUAGUCUCAGUGAUGGGAAUUAUAAUUCCCUUGAUUCAACGGAUAUAUAUUUUAAAGGAGACACAAAUGAUAUAUUAUUACAACAUGCUGAAUACUGGCGGAAUACAAAUUCGGUAUAUAAUGUUGAAAACAAUUUGGAAAUGGAAGAGAUAUUUAAAGGAUCUGGUGUCCUACGUAAAACAUGUACAGAUGUCACCCAAGUUUCUCCAGUAAUGGAGAAGUCUAAUAAUUUUGUUUGUUCCGUUUGUGGUGACUGUUUUCCUAGCGAGAAACAAUUUUAUGGGCAUUUACGAAUCCAUACAGGAGAAGUUCUUUGGCAUUGCACUUUAUGUCCUGAAUCUAAUAACAGAUUUGAGUCUCAGUCUCGACUUAGAAUUCAUGAGAACUUAUGUCAUACAGUUGUGAGGCCUUUCAAAUGUGAACAGUGCGGCUUAGUAUUUGAUCGAGCUUCUCAACUUGAUUAUCAUCAACGUAGCGUGCACUUGGGGGAAAAAUCACAAGUGUGUCAGAUUUGUGGGAAGGGUUUUUUUCGUAGAACGGAUUUGCGCACACAUUUGAAUAUUCAUCUAGGUACAAAUCUCUGUAUGUGUGAAAUUUGUGGAAGAAAAUUCAAUCAUGUGUCAAAUCUUAUUAGACAUUGCAGAAUUCAUGCAGGUAUAAAACCAUAUCCUUGUACAAUUUGUGGUAAAAGAUUUACACAGAUCAGUUCACUUGCGAGACAUAAAAGGACUCACAAUCGUUCAAAUCAUCAUACUGAAAGAUCGGGAAGUCCAAAUGAAGGAAGGGCUGAAUUAAAUGAUAAUUUGAAGGGGUCUGGCGAAAGUGCAAAUACUGGUGGACAAAAAGUUAUGAAACGCCAUCACUACUGUAAAAUUUGUGGAGAGAGCUUCCAGUUUGUACUUCUUCUUCGGCAACAUGAAAAACAUCACUUAGAAAAUAUACACAAGUUAGAGUGUAAGAGCUGCAGAAAGAAAUUUUCAAAAUUAGAGGAAAUUAAGGAUCACUGUUGCCAAGAGUAUGAGAAUGCACCAUUUUUGGAAAAGGAUGGCACGGACUUGUUUAAUAAUAUAGAAAAAAUAAACAACAAUGCACAAGAAAUUGUGCAUUGCAAUCAGAAUUCCACGAUGCAUGUAAAUAAUGUAACUGACAAUAUGGACCACAAUAACUUUAUAAAAAGCAAAGAUGCAAAACGUGCUCAAUCUAUAGAAGCGGUUGUUUAUAUGACAUCUGAACAGCUUGCAAACAUCAGUUUGGAGCAUGGCGAAGAUACUUCAGGCCAUAUUUUAAGCGAACACUUUUUGGAGAUUGCUGGGAAAAUAGGAAACAUGGGUCCAGAUCGAGAUAUUGGACUAAAUAUUUCAGAUAUACUAAAUACUUACGAAUCUGAAGAGAGCGAGCCUGGUGAUUUAAAACUAAAGUCUUCAAAAAUUCAUGGAGUAUUAUCUUUAAAGAAAAAUGACACAGCAGAUGGAAACAAUUUUAUUUACGUACAAGCCUCAGAACAAGAUGUAUUUGAAGUAAUGACUGGAGAUAAUAAUGUAAUAGAUGAACUUACUUCAGGUUUUAGUGCCAAAAAGUUCCAAAAAAACCGAAUAAGUAAUCUGGAGGACUCGUGUUCAGUAAUGUCACACUCUGAAUCAUUGAAUGUACAUUCCAGUGAACCAAAUUUGGAGAUGCUUCCAUACGAUGGAUCACAGUUAAAACUGGCAACUGGUGACAUAAGGCAUGAACGACUAGAUCAAUGUAAUAAAAUGUUGAACAUAAAUGGUGAACAGUUUUAUGUUGAGAUUUGUGAUCCCGAUCAUUUAAAGCACUGCAGUUUGCAAGAUUUAGAACUCCAAGAAAGUGAAACCGUUCCUUACAUGCAACAUGAUUUUAAAGAUUUUCAGAGUGAUUCUCGAUAUUUGCAAACUGAUACAAAUACUAAUCGACUGUUAGAAGCUGCAUUUCAAAAAGAUCAUACAUCAGAGACUGAAAAAGUACACAAGGAACUAGAUGAUUUGGUUGGUGAUGGAAGUACCAUUGCGAGUAAUUCUGAACCAACAUUACGUUUAGUACAAACUGAUACAGGACAGCAAUUUUACGAACUUGUUAUUAAUAAUAUACUAGAUAGAACACAAAGUGACCAUAGCUUAAAAGAUGCCGAGCAUUCAAAAGAUAUGGAAGACAAAAUGAGUCAUCAUGGAAAUUCUCACUGUGUAACCAAUGACCAAUUUCUGGACCUUGUCAAAGAUAAUUCUCUGGAGACCAAAGAUGGUGAACUACAAGAAUUUGCUCAAUUAGACGAUAAAAUUACUUCUUCUGACAUGCAAGAUUUUGUUGUUUCGACUACAAGUGACGGUGAUCAUUUUUUAAAUUUAAAUUAUAAAAAAUCCAAUUUCGAAGACUUUGUAAAAGCUCCUUUUGACGGUAGUGCGGAAAAAAUUUUCGAGUUCGUGGAUAAUGCUGAAAAUGUUGGAGAGAUUGGCACAGAAAAACAUUCGGAUGGAGAAGCACCAAUGGUUCGCCUUGUGCAAAACGAAGAAGGGGAACAAUUUUUUGAAUUGAUUCGGGACUCUUCGGACUUGCAUAAAACCCACAAUAUGGAAUUCCAAUCCGAUAAGCUUGCGAAUCAGUCUACAAAUAUUUCAAGAGAACAAAGUGGACGAAAAUCAGACACGGCAAAUUGUUUGGGAAGCAGUCCGGAACUUGAUACGAUUACAACUUUACAUUCGAUUAUGCCAACUAAUGAAGGAAGUCCAAAAAGAAAAGAGAUUGCUUCGGUCAGUUUGGGUGUAGACUCUUUGACGAAUGAUUUAAUGGAAGCAAAAGAGCAGUCGUCUGUCCCAAAUGCAGGAGUACCCGUGAAAAAGUUUCAGUGUACUGUAUGCACAAAAUCAUUUUCCACUAGAUACAACUUUAAACAGCAUAUAGGCACUCACUUCACAGAUCAACAAAAAUUUCACUGCAAAGAAUGUGGAAUUCAAUUUGCUUGGAAAUCAACCCUGAAUAAACAUAUUGCUAUGUAUCAUCGACCCGAUGGACCACAGAAGUUUGUUUGUGAAAUUUGCCCGAAGGUUUAUUCUACUCUAUCUCAAGUAAAUGAACACGUAAAGCGAGACCAUUUGAAGCAACGAAACCAUGUGUGUUCACAUUGUGGCAAAUGUUUCUUCAAAAAGUUCGAUCUUAAAACUCACAGCCGUACGCAUACUAACGAGAGACCGUAUGUAUGUCGAGCCUGCGGAAAGGGAUUUCACCAUCAGAGUCACAUAAUUCGACAUGAGCGAAUACAUUCGGGGGAAAAACCUUACGCCUGCGACAUUUGCCAAAGAACAUUUGCGCAACCAGGAUCACUAAGAACGCAUAAACAAAAACACCGAGAAGCUGACAUGGACAUCUUAGAUCGAUUAGACGAGGACGAUCCUUUGACGUUUUCUACUAUUUAACUGAAGAAUUGUAAAAUAUAUAAUUAAGCAUAAGUAAUUUUCGUAUAAUAAUGUCUAUCACAGUUAUUCGCGUUCCGUGUUGCAGUACACACAAUCAGCGAUGUUUUAAUACGUCUAUCAUCUCCGUCCAAUAUUGUAAUAUCACACAGUUCUUUACAUGCCCAUGGAGUAUAAUUUUGUACGGAAAGAAAUAAAAAGAAAAUUCAUUCUUAGUA